UCGGGCGGACUGUGGCGGCCUUGGAGUCGCGGCAUCCCGGCGGCGCGUGACACCUGCCGGCUUCUCGAGCGGGCCGCGGGCAGCCUGCGUGCCUGAGAGGCCAUUCCUCGCGCCUGCCCGGCCCGGCCCGCGCUCGGCCCCCAUGUCGGCCUUCGCCAAGAGCUACAACCCGUUCGACGACGACGGCGACGAUGAGGGCGCCCGCGGCCCGCCGGACGGCUCCGGCGCGCCCGCCGACCGGCAGCUCUACCUGCGGCAGGAGGUGAUGCGGCGCGCCGAGGCCACGGCCGCCAGCUCGGGCCGGUCCUUGGCCCUGGUGUACGAGUCCGAGAAGAUAGGGGUGGCCGCCUCCGAGGAGCUUGUCCGCCAGCGAGGAGUCUUAGAACACACAGAGAAGAUGGUAGACAAGAUGGAUCAAGAUCUGAAAACCAGCCAAAAGCAUAUAAACAGCAUUAAGAGUGUGUUUGGGGGGCUUGUCAACUAUUUCAAACCCAAACCGGCAGAGGUCCCACCUCAGCAGAAUGGCACCCUCCCCUCCCAGCCCAGCAGCAGGUUGAAAGAAGCCAUCAGUACAAGUAAAGAGCAAGAUGCAGCAUACCAGGCCAGCCACCCAAACCUCAGGAAGUUGAAUGACUCAGAUCCUAUCCCUAGUGGAACUGGCUCUGCUGUGAGUUCCGAGGUUUACCCAAAGAAUGCCCAACUCCGAGCUUAUCAUCAGAAGAUUGACAACAAUCUAGAUGAGCUCUCCUUAGGACUGGGCCGACUGAAGGGCAUAGCACUGGGGAUGCAGACAGAAAUUGAGGAGCAAGAUGACAUUCUGGAUCGCCUUACGAACAAAGUGGAGAACUUAGAUGUCAACAUAAAGAGUACAGAAAGAAAAGUUCGACAACUCUAAAGACAAAUUUCUACCCCAUUACGAUGAAAAAUAUUUGAAAGAUUCUUUAAAUUCCCAAGAAAUUUCACUUGUUAUUUUAUUAUGUAAUUUAUAUGUGUUUGCAAAUGUUAUAACAGAGUGGGUCUUAAGAGGCCUUGUAUGUCCCACUUUUUCUAAGAGCCAAGAUCUCUCAGUUCUCUGAUCUGUCCGUUUUGAGUUUUAGUGUGACAUUGUGACCUAACUUCUGAAGCUCCUGAACCUUUGUCUACCAUACUGGAAUGAGAAAAGUUACAUUUUUCACAUUAAUGAGCAGAGGGAAAGAUAUAAGCAGAGAAAAAGAGGUUUGGUUCGAAUCUCAGUGUUGAGGGCCAGGGAGGUGGGUGUAUGCCAGAGCACAAACUUUAUGUGCCUGAACCCUGGGUCAGUCCCUGGCACCUCAUGGUCCUCCAUGCACAUGUGGGGAGCGGCCUCAGCACUGCCAGGUGUGACUCAAAACCAAAAAAUUAUUCUUGAACCCACCAAUCUCUCCCUGUUGACUCUGCAUUGCAGAUCUUUCCAUGAGGGAGUGUCUGGGGACCCUGUAUGCCACUCUUCUAGAAGGGACUCCUUCCCGCCCCUUUCCCCUUCCUGGUAUCAUGCAUUUUAGUGGAUAUAUAGACCUGAAAAUGUCUGUUGCUCACUCUGGUACCUGAAAAUGGGAAGGAAAUUGAGUAAGCCCUUUUUUCUCAACAUGGCAUUGGCUGUGUGACUUUGCUAAUUUGAUAUUGUAUCCCAUAAAUAAAACCCUUCAAAGCAAAGGAAACUUCUUUUACGUGCUGUGGCAGUGCUUCAGUAUUUCUGUAGCAUUUGUGUAUAGAAAACUUACCCUGUAAUACAUGACUUCCCUAAAAAUACUGACAGCCUCUUUUUCCAGCCACUGCACAAUCUUGUAUAUCCAUGUCACUGGAUAUCCCAGGAUGUGAGGACAUGAAUCAAGCUCAUCAGAAUCACACACUUGUCCUUCAGGUAAACUCAUCGUGAUUCUUUUAUGGAGAAUAGUCAAAGGAAGCGCUAAACUAGAUACACCUCACAAACAAGUGCUCAGGGCUCUUCAGUCAGAAGGCUGCUCAGAAGUUGAGAGCCAGAAUAACUCCUCCCUCUAUUUGUAUUCUAAUCACUUCCUGAUUGUCAGCAUCAGACAUAGAACCAUGAAUCUUCGACCAUUAUACUUCAGACCUAAACUUUUGUUUUUUGCAAAUAAAUGCAUGUAAAGCUGCCACCAGACAUUCUCUUCAGAGGAUGAUAUUUUCCCCCUUAAUAGAUCAGUGAUUUAACUAACGUGAAGCAAAGUAGCACUUCAGUACCUUCCCUGUCUGUUGCUAGGCUAAAGUCAAUCUUAACCCCCUCAUUUUUUUCCUAUCCCAGUAAUAGGGAAGGAGUUUUCCCCCCUUAUCCUAAAAAUUUGUCUUCCGUAUGAGGACCUGUUACAUUAUGUCCUAUUCUUACUCAUAUCUUCUUUAAAUUCUUGGCCAACCAACUGUCUCUAGGCAGUGUGUUAUCUGGAAGCUUGUAUGUGUGUGCUCAUGCGCAUGUGUGUGCAUGUACAUGUAUGUGCACACACCUGCCACAUCCAGUCGUACUCAGAGGCUACCCUCUGUGCUGUGCCUGAGAGUUACACUUAGGUGACCGUGGGUGCUGAGAAUUGAACCCAGGGCUCCCAUAUGCAAAGCAUGAGCCCCAGACUUUUGAACUAUUAUCUCUAGCCUCUGCUGGGUCUUUAUUCCUGCUCCCAUGCCCAGGAAAGGCUGAUUAUUUAUGGAAACUAUAAAGCAAAGUUUCUGGGCCCCUGGGGUAGCCUUGCAAACAUGAAGUUGUGGAUUUGAUUAUGUAUUGCCGCAUGUGCCAAGUUUGUGAUCUCCAGUACACCUCAACAACUCUGAGCACAGUGACUAAGUAUGUGAGUACUACUCCCAGGAGUGCAACCCCCAGUAAGAACAUGUGCAAACACCACAACCGAGUGUGCAGCCCCAUCUUUAUAACAACAAAAAACAAGAUGGAGACCAGAGCAAUAGUAGAGUGGGUAGGGUGUUUGCCUUGCAUGCAGCCAAACCAGGUUUGAUCCGUGCCAUCUCAUAUGGCCCUCCAAGCACAGCCAGGGGUAAUUCCUGUGUGCAGAGCCAGGAGUUAACCUGGACAUCACUGUUAAAAAAAAAAAGAUGAAGGGAGAGGAAUAAACUAUAUGUAUAAAUUAUAUCUGUAUACACAUAAGUGAAAGUUGCUUACAAUUUUAGAGAACACAGGAAGACCUGAAGAGCUUUCAGAAUCUUUGCACUUGAUGAUCAUGAUCAAAAAGAAAACAUCUCGGGGCUGGAGCAAUAUAGCACAGCGGGUAGGGCGUUUGCCUUGCACACAGCCGACCUAGGUUCGAUUCCCAGCAACCCAUAUGGUCCCCCGAGCACCACCAGGAGUAAUUCCUGAGCGCAUGAACCAGGAGUAACUCCUGUGCAUCGCCGGUGUGACACACACACAGAAAAAAAAAAAUCUCUAGACCAUGAGAGGUAGGGCACUUGCCUUGCAUACAGCCAGCUGGGUUGGAUGUCCAGCACCCCACAUGGUCCCCCAAGCCCCGCCAGAAAUGAUCCCCAAGUGCAAAGCCAGGAAUAAGCCCUGAGCACCACUGGGUGUGACCAAAACCACUGGGUGUGACCAAACAAAUAUUUUUUUAAAGAAAAUAUUAACAUGCCUCAUGAAGAUGCUCAUAGUUGCUUGGGCUAAGGAGUUGGCUAGGUUAUGGGUUUUGGUACCACAGAGAAGAUAAACUUGUCCUUCCCUUGCCACAUGGAGUCCUUAAGAUAUAUCUGUGUGUAUAGUUAACGCUGGAAACAAACUGUGCCUUCCAAAAAUGUGGCUUUUCUAACUUUGGGUUGAUUAUAUGUUAAGUGUGCUACUAACUUAAAAACAAGUGCAUUCUCUUUCAGAGGAAAUGAUUUGUAACAUCUAGUGAUUUUUAAUUUAACAGCAGUGAUACAGAAGUCUCCUCUUUCUUGCAUACAGUAGGAAAACAGACCCGAAUUGAACUCAAGCGGCAGCAAGAAGAAUAUACAAGUGCACUUUAAUUUCUUCCUGUGAAUAUGUAAUUAUAAGUGUACACUACACCUGACUUUACUAAAAACAUUAUACUUUGCCUAUAUGGGCCUUUGUUUCCUGCACAAUUUUUGAAGUUGUUUCAUCUCUGUCAUACCUUCCUCCCCCCUCAAAAAAUUAGAAUUAUUAAAUAUACUAACAAUGUUACCAUCUUCAGUUCCAAUGAAUGGAAAUCUUUUAUACAAAAUUAUGAGUGAGUCAUUCUAAGUGCUUAUGGAAGAGAGGGUCUUUUUGUUGUCAUUUUGAGUAUGUAUCACAAUAGCUCAUACACCAUGCCUUCAAGUCAACAUGACUAGAUUCCAUCGAAUAAAAUGUGAAGUUUUCUA